AAAAGCAAAUACAUCAUAACAAUCUCUCUCUCUCUCUCUCAAACAGACCAUAACAGAAACACCACAGAAGCCAAAAAACCUGCUCAAGAUUAAGUCCCUCAAAUAUCAAAUAAGCAUAAGAAAAAAAACUAUCCACAUAGCAAGUAAUAGAACUAGAAUCUGUUUCUUUCCUCUGAACUCAUGCCAUGAUCAAAACAGGCUCUAUCACCUUAUUAGCCAUAGUUAUAUCUUACUUGUUACUUGUCAUUGCACCAACCCCAAAAUCUACCUAUCAUUCUCUCUUCAUAUCCAAUUCCCUAUCAGACAAUGCCUCUAUAUCCCACCACCUUGAAACUCUCACCCGCAGACCCCACACAGCAGGUUCUGAAGCCAACGCUGAGGCUGCAGCUUAUGUUCUCUCAGUCUUCACCUCCUGCAACAUACCAUCACACUUGGCUUCCUAUAAGGUUUCCCUCACAUACCCUUUUUCUCGUUCCUUGGUGCUAACAAACCCACCACCAGAACCUUCCACCAGCUUCAGUCUCAGCCAAGAAAUUUAUGAGGGUGAUCCUUAUGCUGAGGUUGCAGAAGAGGUUGUUCCCACAUUCCAUGCUUAUGCAAAGUCAGGCACUGCCAUUGGCCCUGUGGUUUACGUGAACUAUGGAAGAGUUGAGGACUAUUUGACAUUGGAAAAUAUGGGGGUCAAUGUUUCAGGCACUGUUGUAUUGGCAAAGUAUGGGAAAAUCUAUAGAGGGGAUAUUGUGGAGAAUGCAUAUGAUGCAGGUGCUGUUGGGGUGGUGAUAUAUUCAGAUAGGAAGGACUAUGGUGGUGCUGGGGUGGCAAAGUGGUUCCCUGAUGACAAGUGGUUGCCACCAAGUGGGGUUCAGGUGGGGACAGUUUAUGGUGGGGUAGGGGAUCCUACAACUCCUGGUUGGGCUAGUAGUGGUGAGUGUGAGAGGCUUUCCAAGGAUGAGGUGGAGAAGGAAGGAAGUGUUCCUCUUAUACCGUCAUUGCCAAUUUCAGCAGCAGAUGGUGAAAAGAUAAUGAUGUCAAUUGGUGGCCAAGUUGCAGAUGAUGAUUGGCAAGGAAGCAAAGAUGCUCCUACUUAUAGGGUUGGACCAGGACCAGGAAUUCUCAACCUCAGUUACAUGGGGCAGGAUGUUAUGGCCACAAUUCAAAAUGUCAUUGGUGUGAUUGAAGGAGCAGAAGAGCCUGACCGAUUUGUCAUUCUAGGUAACCAUAGGGAUGCAUGGACAUUUGGAGCAGUUGAUCCCAAUAGUGGCACUGCAACACUACUUGAGGUAGCCCAAAGACUGGGGAAGCUUCAGAAAAGAGGGUGGAAACCUAGAAGAACAAUUAUCUUAUGCAAUUGGGAUGCUGAGGAAUAUGGCCUUAUAGGAUCAACUGAAUGGGUAGAAGAGAACAGAGAAAUUCUUGCUUCAAAGGCUGUUGCAUACUUGAAUGCUGACUGUGCAGUGGGAGGACCAGGGUUCCAGGCCCGUGCUACUCCACAACUUGAUGAAUUGAUCAAAAGAGCAACUCAGCAGGUCAAAGAUCCAGAGAACUCAUCACAGAGCAUUUAUGAAUCUUGGACUAGUUCUGGUAGUUCUCCUGUGUUUGGAAGGUUAGGAGGUGGAGGAUCAGAUUAUGCAGCUUUUUUGCAGCAUGUCGGAAUUCCGGCAGCUGACAUAGCCUUUGGAGGAGAUGUUGCGGCAUACCCGGUAUACCACUCACUGUAUGAUGAUUUCAUCUGGAUGAAAAAAUUCGGUGAUCCUAUGUUUCAAAGGCAUGUUGCAGCGGCAAGUGUUUGGGGUCUAGUAGCACUUUGGCUAGCAGAUGAGGAAUUCUUACCUUUUGAUUAUCUAUCUUAUGCUAAGGAGCUCAAGCUUAGCGUGGAAAAACUAGAAGAUGAGAUUUCAAAUAAAGACAUAAAUUUGUCUCCAUUAUUCACGUACAUCAAGGAGCUUGAGAAAGCAGCAAUCAAGAUAAAGAACCAAAGAAAGGAAAUAGAAGCAAGUAAAGGUUGGACAACAUGGAAGAAGGACCACUUGAAAGUGAGAGAGCUAAAUGAUAGAUUGAUGAUGGCUGAGCGUGCAUUCACUGAUAGAGAUGGCCUCUUUGGAAGGUCAUGGUAUAAGCAUUUGAUCUAUGGACCAUCAAAACAUAAUGACUAUGGCUCCCAAUCUUUCCCUGGAAUUGAUGAUGCUCUAAACAUGGCAAAAAAACUUCAUACUGCAGAAUCAUGGCAUUGUGUGCAACACGAAGUUUGGAGAAUCUCAAGAGUCAUCAUACAUGCCUCGUUAGUUCUCUUGGGCCAACUAACAUGAAUAUCAAUGUACUUUUACAUUUUCUAUUGAUGAUAACGUACAUAUAUAAAUAAGUGUAUAUGAUGGAAGAUUCAUAAAUCUUUCAUACCUCAGAAGCUAAUUAGGAUUUUCCCCACCUAGCAUCUGUCAAAUGCACUUUGCAAGUUGAUUUUCUCAAGCUACAAGGCCGUCACUCUUCUGUGAUGAGAAACCAACAUGUAAGUUUUGGAUCCGAAUAGGAUAUUUUUCAUCGUGAUUGUAAAUAUUAAGUUUCUGAAUAUCAA